AUGUUUAAUCCAAGAAUUUCAAUUGACAAGAAUUCCCUCAAACCAUCAUCACCUCAUCAACUUUAUCAAAGAGCAAUGACUGCCUUUCAAGGAGAACAAUACUUAACAGCAUCAUUUUUACUUACAGAAGCAAUUGAUUUGAAUCCAAAUAAUAUUCAAUUUUAUGAUUGUCGAGCAGCUACAUAUGAAAAAUUAGAAAAAUUAAGUGAUGCAUUAAAUGAUGCAAAGACAAUGAUUAAGUUAUCACCAAAUUCGGCAAUGGGCUAUCUUCGUGCAGGGAAUCUUUAUAAAACUUUGAAUCAAAAGGAAGCUGCAAAAGAAAAUUAUUUACUAGGCAUAAGUAAAGUUGAUCAAGAUGAUCCUUCUUAUCAGAAAUUAUGUGAAUUUUCCAAUGAAUAUCUAAACUUGGCAGUAAAGCGUACCACCUAUGACAUAACAAUAAUUCUACCACAUGAAAUCAAUCUCGAAAUUUUUGGCUCUUUUACAUUUGCUAAUAUCUGUAGACUGACAGCAGUUUCAAAAAGAUGGCGGGAAUAUAUCAUAUCAAUGAAAAGAUUAUGGCAAGAUUUGGAUUUUCGUGUGAAUAGCAAUUUCAAAAUAACUGACAAACUUGUUAAAAUGUAUGUGCAACGUGUACAACGUGAAAAAAUAACAAUUAGAAGGAUAUUUUUUGGAGAAUCACCAAAAUUAACUGAUUGUUCAUUAAAAGUACUCAGGAAAACAAUGUGUCAUCAACUGACAAGUUUAGAAUUGAUGUCAAAUACAUUAAUAAGCGAUACAGAAAUUUGUUUAUUUAUACAUACUACUGGUCUUAAUCUAAAGCAUCUAAAUUUGUCAGAUACAAAUAUUGGCAAUAGAACAGUUCGAAAAAUAUUGACAACAUGUUCAAAAUUAGAAACAUUGGAUCUAUCAAGUUGUAAUGGUGUCACCACCGAGGCAUUUGAUCCUAAUGAUUUACAAUGUAAAGCUACUGGAAUUGCUUCAAUUAAUUUAUCUGGAUGUGAAACGGUAGAAUAUUCAGUAAUCAAUUAUUUGGUUGGAUUAUUCCCAAAGAUCAUCCAACUUGAUCUCAAAUGUAAUUCAGUAAUCACACCAGAAGUAUUUUCAAAAUUAACUAAUUAUCCUGAAUUGAAAAGAGUUGCUUUAUUUGAACACAUAAAUAAUUCUGCGGCAAGUUUUGGAAAAGAAUUUAAUAGUUUUACAACAACUUGUGUAAACUUGCAUGAGUUUACUUUGAUCAAUUGUUCAGAAAUAUCCGAUUAUUGCAUUGAAUGUUUAGUUAAGUCAUGCAAAAACUUGGAAAUAUUGGAUCUUAGUGAUUGCAAGCGAUUGACAAACCAAGCAUUGAAUGUGAUAUCAAUUUAUAGUGAGAAUCUAAAAAUUUUGAGAUUUGGUUGUUCGAUAGGGAUUGAUGAUGAUGGUGUAACAUUCUUGUGUAAAUCAAGAUUAUCCAAGAAAUUAGAAGAAAUUGAUUUUCAUGGAAAUUCAAAUAUAACAGAUAAAUCUUUGAGAAUCAUGGGAAAUUUUUUUGUCAAUUUGAGAUUGGUAAAUCUCAAAUCAUGUUGCAAUAUAACAGGAAGUGGUGUAGGUUUUUUUGUACAAAAAUGCCAAAGAUCUUUAAAAGAACUUGUAUUAAAUGGAUGUAACAAUGUUCCACCAGAUGCUAUUGAUCUUUCAAGAAAAUUAUUAAGUUUAAACGGGGGAAAAGUUUUUUACGAAUUUCGUGAACGAUAA